AUGACAGUUGAAAAGCGACCUGCUUUUAAACUUGUUAACCUGCUGCUGACGUCAGACCGCUGCUGCUUAAGUACCCAUUGGCGCAAUAAUACAAUUUCAAUUGCUGAUUUCUGUACUGGAAUAACAAAUAAAAUGCGCCUGCAUCAUUCUUACCCAUCUCUAGUUUUAGAUGCUGGGAAUUCGAAUUCUACUGUUCUGUUGGGAGUUGGGUAUGCUUUACUGGUACUGCCCUGUCGCAGACAUGCAAAGGGGCUGUUGGGGCCCGGAGCUGCGCUGGGCGGCCGGCAGGGCGCCGGCAACAAUGAUUAUAUUGGCGCACAUUCCAGAGCGGGGCGGGUGGAGCCAUGGGGCGGCCGACACAAUUGCAAAUCAAUAGGCGCUUGUGGAAUCUCGAAAUUAAAAGGCGCUGGCGACGCGCGCCCACCCGUGCGAGCGGCUAGUACUAAGCGAGGCCAUCUCGAGACGGAACGAUUGGGAACGGUGCGGGACAACGGUUGGGAAAUCGGGACGAGUCACAGUAGAACUGCAAGGCCUGAUCUGAACGGAGACGGAGUUGAGCAGAGAGGAAGUGAGCAAGGAGGAACUGUGCGGGGAGGACUGAUUGGGGAGGAAUUGAAAGGGCAAGAGCUGAGUAGGGGUGGAGCUUCCCAAAGUCUACGUCAAAUUGCGCAACGCAAUUCCAUCACAAGGAUUCCUUCAUUCAAAGUUCCCAUUCCUCUGCCGCAAAUUCUCUUUCCAUUACAUCCUCUCGCGCCCCAAAGAUUCACGGACGUAAAGAGUGACGCUUACCCCAUCGCCACAUCCUCGCCCCGCGGCUGCUGGCGUCCCCACCCGUCCUGGGCUUGCGUCCCACAGGCUUGGGUAUCUCGUCUCGCGCUGGGAGCGCUCCGUCGGGAGCAGAGGUAUUUCUCCUACAUGUCUGCGGUGGCGAGACAACUAUUUCCACCGACAUACUUGCGCCGCCACCGCGUUAAACGCAAAUAUGCUUAUUUCGUGGCCGGCGCCGACGCGGGCGCGCUCCUCUGGAGACCGCCGAAAUUAAAAUUACCUCGGGCGGCAACGCGCCGCUCCCGGCGGGGAGGGCGAGGGGCGGAGGAGAAAGGGCGGGGUGGGGCGGGACGGGGAGGGGAGGAGGGAAAGAGAGGCGGUGGCUCAGGCGUAAAGGCAGGCCCAAGUGCAUUGCACUUGCCUCUGGAGAAGCGGAUGGUUUGGGUGCAAAUGGACCGACAGCAGGGCAUGACGAAAAAAAUAUCUUCAUCUCGGUCUGAAGGCAAUAUGAUCGGUGGCAGCACACGCUUUCCGCUGUUGAGCGUGGUUCUCGGCCUCGCCGUUGGGACUGUGGUGGCGCUGGUGCUGGAGAGGUGUGCAACAUCACCGUGGUCGAGCACGGCAGCGUGGAGGGAGGAGUCGGUGUGUGGAGUGUGUGCAGUCAUCCCUUGGUGUGCUCUCGUCGAAGCAAUGGGACUUGUGUGAGGUCGGAGGAAUGUGAAUACUCAUCCACUAGUUCCACAACUGAAACACAUUCUUGAUGAUUCAUACUUGAAAAAACCUAAUUUUUUGUUAAUAAUUAUGAAGAACAUGGCUCAUAGUUACAGAUUUUAUUAUAUUUCUUGAUAAAAUAUUCAUUUCA